GGCGAACGGUCAGAUUAAGUAUCUACGCCCAAGGUCUACUCAGCUACCACGAAGAGUCUAGCAGAUUGCAAAUCCUGAGGAAUGUGGAAGGUGGCGCGGAAAGUUGGGCGACCUUUGAUUUGCACCUUCAUGAUCUCUGAUUUCUACUCAAACAUAUCCGACACGACUUAGGAGCUAUGGCUUGUUCGCUGGCGCAUCCCUUGUGGUCAAUAGCAGAGCUCGUGCGGGAGGUCAUGAAACAGGCGACCGAUGAUCAAGAUACACUGGUCCAAUGCGCGAGAGUCUCCCACGCGUUCUCGGAGCCAGCAUUGGAAAUGCUUUGGGCAGAGCAGAGAGGACUCGGCAGACUGCUUGGGCUGCUUCCCGCAUCCUUCAAGAAAAUCACAUCCGGCGGAGAAGAAGAAACUGCCGACCCUGAGACUGCCAGCUUCACCCUUUGCGGCGCCAUUCUGGACGACCAGUGGGCGCGCCUCGAAUACUAUGCAAGAUGGAUCCGCGUUUAUAUCAACCAGGAGGACAGCGUCGAUGCCCUCUCUGCCGCGUUCAUCAUCCAGAAGCUUAACGGGCGGACCCUCUUCCCUCGCCUGAAGCACCUGCUAUGGAGACGGCCCUGUGAUACAUCUUUCCUCCUCGUCAUCUUUCUGUCCCCCGCGCUGCGUAGCGUCCAUUUGGACUUUCUGGACCGCGGCAAGGCGCGUUUCAGCAAUCACCACUUGCGGAACGACCCCGCGGCGGCCGAGUACGCAUACGGCGCUGCGCUGCAGAUAAUCCAUUCCCAUGCACCCAUGGUCGACUACAUCGAGCUUUGCACAAGCGCGUUCAGCUGCUCCGUCAGCUACUUGCGCCACUUCGACAAACUGCUGGUCCUCGAAUUGCGCCAGGUGACAGAUUUCGCAUCAGUCGUACACGCCUGCAACUCUAGCCCCUCCUUGCAAACGCUCCAUAUUCAUUUUGCACGCCGUUCUAUCGACGAACCAGAAGAGCCCGCGCCAGGCCCGUUCCCUGAAAUCUCGUCCGUCACGCUCAGGGGCCUUAAAUUCAACGGCUCUCCGCAAAUGGUCAUCGCGGCUAUCGACGCCGUACACUCCACCAACAUCACCCAUCUCAAGCUUACCUUCGACGCCGACGAGGCCAUCUGGAAACGCUGCACAGCGCUCAUCGCCUCGCGCUUUGCCGCCACCGUGCGCGAACUCAAGCUGACGGCAGACUACGCACCCCGCGACCCGGAUACGGUUCCCUACGCGUUUCAUGCCUGGUUCUCCCCGCUAUACGCAUUCCGCAGACUCCGCACGCUGAAGAUCUCGUCGCGCUUCUUGGUGCCGUUUGCAAUCACCCCAAAGGAUGUGCGCAACAUGGCGCGCGCAUGGCCGCGGCUCGAUGCGCUUUCCAUCCUGGUUGACCAGGACGAUCCGGACCUGGGGCUGCCCGUGACGGCGCUCGAGGCGUUCGCGAAGAGGAGCGCGCGCCUGAGCACCUUAAUCUUCCCCCUCCCGCACCACGGGUCACUGCGGGAGAGGUUGAAGACGCCUGUUCCCGUGUUCAAAAACGCCGUGAACCAUAUCGAGUGGUAUGGUGGGAGCUGGCCGUCCGAUGUGCGCAAAGAGUGUACGGCGUACAUGAAGCAGCUGUUUCCGCUGGCGUACAUGGUCAACAUUGACGGACCUUUGGGUGACGAGGACGAUGGCAGUGCGGAUGACGAGGUCGACGAGGAUUAGGUACACCACUGGAGGUGGAAUAACCAGCCUAUGAUGUUGUCAAGCUGCGUAAUCUAUCAAUACACCGCGUUCGUUUGUCGCAGCACCAGGACCCAUGAUCCAGCCUAGGGUCGCUCCGCAGACGGAACAGAAGGAUGAGUUGAAAGCGUGCUAGUGUUGAUUGAGCGAAAAAGAGUUUUACUCAAUGGAGAAGGGCAUUGAUGUGAAGCAGGUGGUCGAAAUUCGAUAGCCCAUACCGUGUCUUCAUGACAGUCGUGAUACGCGCAUGAAUCCUGUGCCCCUUUUCUCUGCG